GCACCUGACCUAGUAUUCCGCAUUCAUCUUACCAACCAAACAACAUCUGUGACACCUGAUCUACUACAGCAUUCCAGCAUUCAUGACAAACUUUCCAAUUCCAAUGCACGAAUCUUCCGACAGCAUCGCCCGCAGGCACACCGCCACAGACGGGCACGUUCGACUUCCGCCAUCUCCUACCAACCUGACACGUAGAAAAAGCACAAGUGACAUCAGCCGUCAAAAAAUGACCUUCUUUCCCACUUUACGACGAGCUGCAACGUUGAUGCUAGCGCCGGAGAAACCAAUAGCCAGAGCCCCGAAUACCUGGACAAGCAUUCGCUCCAUCAUCUUUUCAUCAUGGUUUAACGUCUUGCUGGUCUUUAUUCCCGUAUCUUGGGCAGUCAACUUUGCUCUUCCAGAUCAACAUACUCUCAUCUUUGUCUUAACGUUUCUUGCAAUUAUACCCUUGGCCAAGCUCCUGGCUUACGCCACUGACGAACUUUCAAUACGGGUCGGCCAAACUUUAGCAGGUCUUCUGAACGCCACAUUGGGAAACGCCGUUGAACUCAUUGUUUCCAUCAUCGCUCUUAUAAAAUGCGAACUUACAAUCGUCCAGUCAUCUUUGGUGGGAUCUAUUUUGAGCAAUCUUCUUCUGGUGCUGGGCAUGUGCUUCUUUGCCGGUGGUAUGCGGUUUUCAGAACAGGGAUUUGGACAAAGCGCGGUGCAACUAAAUUCGUCACUGCUUACCAUUAGCGUCAUUGCUGUCUUGCUGCCUGGAGCCUUCCACAUGGCGUUGCAGGGCCAGCCUGACUAUAACGAGCUGGUGACAGAUGAAAACAUACUGAAGACCAGCCAUGGUGUCGCUCUCAUCCUUCUUUUCAUUUACGGCUCGUAUCUGGUGUUUCAACUCUUUUCACAUAAGACCCUCUAUGACGACAAGAAUACGGACAUACAGCAGUCAGUUGGCUAUGAGGGACAGAAUCCAUGGCUACAGUUGAGACGCUACCGUCGUAAGAAUGCUAAAUCUGUACUAUCCCCUGAACCGACGGGUGACGAAGAAGCUGUUAUCAUUGCCUCUGGGUUUGAAAGCACCAACACUAAUCACGUUGCCGCAUCGGACGACUCAGACUCUGAGAUAGAACCAUAUAUGAGCGUCGGUGUGUCCCUCGGGCUUCUGGUCGUUGUAACUGUGUUGGUAGCUGUUACCGCCGAGUUCCUCGUAGAUUCGAUCAGCGGGCUGACUGCAUCUGGGGGCAUCGGCACAGAGUUUGUCGCCGUGAUCUUGCUUCCCAUAGUUGGUAAUGCAGCGGAACAUGUCACUGCAGUUACAGUGUCUAUCAAGGACAAGUUAACCCUCAGCUUGGGCGUUGCUGUCGGAUCAAGUAUUCAAAUUGCACUCUUCGUUAUUCCGUUUAUGGUGACGCUUGCUUGGAUUAUGGGUAAACCACUAACGCUGCUAUUCGACCCGUUAGAGUCGAUCGUGCUGUUCCUCUCUGUCCUCACAGUGAACUACUGUGUACAGGACGGCAAGUCGAAUUGGUUAGAGGGCAUGAUUCUCAUGUGCUUGUACCUGAUCUUGGCUGUCACGUUCUGGUUUUACCCUGGCACCCCAGGCAUCUUCCCCAACUGUUAGAAAGUCCAACGGCCCAGUUCUUCUGCCAGAGCAACAUUACGACCACAUAUACCAGUCUGUCGGAAGCCGACCCAAGACUAAUAAUCACC